AUGGUAUCGACACUGAUUGAGGAGGAACGUGAAAUAGUUGCUUACCACGAAUCUGGGCAUGCGUUGGUUGGAUGGCUUCUGGAGCAUACAGAUGCUCUUUUGAAGGUGAGUAUAAUACCACGAACAAGUGCAGCGUUGGGAUUCACGCAGAUAAGUCCACGAGAACGGAAACUGUUCACGAAAGAGGAUGUAUGUUAUGUCUUUAGUCACAAUAAUAUUUUCUGA